CCCGGCUGUGCGUGCCCUGUAACCCCCUUUUUGCUUCAUUUCCUCGUGGUUUUGCUUAAUACUUCGCUACUGCUGGUGUAGUUCAAGGUUGGAGAAGACACAAGGAGUGUGAGAGAAGCACUGCAGGCUGCUGGUGCUGUUGAGCUGGAAGAUUGAGUCUUUGUGUGGAAUCCAAGAGAAACAACUGCCAACCACUGCCACGUUUUCAUCUGUUGGUAAACAUCAGCUGCUGGUUGGCCUUGAGGGAGGAAGACUCAAUUAGUUCCAGAUGGACAACUCUUUCAGCCCAUUUAGGCUUUCCAGUUGAUUUAAGCCAGCAGGCAGAAAACAUGGAACAGCCCCCAUGAAGAAGCCUGUGGAGUUUAUAUUGGUGCAAGAUGUUCUUUGGAGGACCAAGCAGAGUUUCCCAGGCUGGGAGAUGAAGCAUUAAUCACACAACGACRUCGUCAUUUGGAAAGCGUCGCUUUGCACGAAGGACAAAUUUUCAAUUCCUCACCUCACCAUGGCAGCCGUGACCACUGCCCCCACCCCAGAGCCCCCAAAUCCUCCCCCUCUGGAGGAGAAGCCCAAAGGGAAAUCCCUGUUCCAGCUGGGUUCACUUUUCACUAACAGGAGUGAGAAAUUUGUGAUCGCUCGCAGUGACAGUUUGCCCGAGGAGAACGUCCUGAAAAUCACCAUCACUGAGACCACGGUCAUCGAGUCUGACCUGGGCAUCUGGAAUUCCCACGCCCUCAUCUACCUCACUUUGUGGUUUUUYUUCAGCUUUUGCACUCUUUUCCUUAACAAAUACAUUCUUUCCUUGCUGGAGGGGGAGCCCAGCAUGCUAGGUGCUGUUCAAAUGCUCUCCACCACCUUCAUUGGCUGCAUCAAAAUGUUUGUCCCGUGCUGUCUGUACCAGCACAAAACCCGCAUCUCCUACCCCCCCAACUUCAUCAUGAUCAUGCUCUUCGUUGGAUUAAUGAGAUUUGCAACAGUGGUCCUGGGCCUGGUCAGCUUGAAGAACGUGGCGGUUUCGUUUGCAGAAACGGUGAAAAGUUCUGCUCCAAUUUUCACUGUCAUCAUGUCCCGGAUGAUUUUGGGGGAAUACACUGGGCUGUUGGUGAAUCUGUCCCUGAUCCCCGUGAUGGGAGGGCUGGCRCUGUGCACGGCCACCGAGAUCAGCUUCAACAUCCUGGGCUUCUCUGCAGCACUGUCCACCAACAUCAUGGACUGUUUGCAAAACGUCUUUUCCAAAAAACUUCUCAGUGGAGACAAAUACAGAUUUUCAGCCCCAGARCUUCAAUUCUACACAAGUGCUGCUGCUGUGGUAAUGCUUAUUCCAGCCUGGAUAUUCUUCAUGGUAAUUUGAAUUCUAUCAUUUGUUUAG